CGCUCACUAGCCGACUAAGAAUGACAGCGACGACGACAUCAUGACAGAGCAGGCAUUAAAAGGCCCGAAAGCGAGUGGAAAGGUCUUGUCGAACACAAAGACUCGGGGUGAGGCUCUGGAUCGAGCUAGGAUGGACAAGCAGGUUGUCAAAGCCGUUAUGGUUUCACCUUUGAUUGUUCCCUGGCCGUCCAUACCGAAUCAUCUACAGAAAGCUGUCCUCUCUUCCCUACCUACCCUCAUACCAGACAGUAUCCCCGCAUACCACGUCGACAGAGCCAGAUGCAAGCACUUCAACCAGGCGCAGAGAAGAAAAGAGAAGAAACGGCAAAAGGCAGCCGUGGACAAGCAAUUAGAAGAGGAGAACCAUGGAGAGGAUCCCAGACUUUCGACGCCCCAACGGCCGAAUGAUAAUAGCUUUCGAGACAGUCAAGCAAUCGGGAAAGCAGACGACAAACCUGCCCAUCCUCCUCCUAAAAUCCCCGAGGCUCCGGAUGUUCUUCAACAUUUGAUUUUCGGUAUCAAUGAGACCAUCAAAGUAUUGGAGAGGUCCAUCGAUGAUCUUAAACUGCGGUUGAUGCUCAUGGCAGAUGCGAUCAAUGGGAACCUUCAGUUGGCCACUACGUCACUCCCCUUGAACUCCAAUGGUUUGUUGCCUACGGCACCGUCCGACUCAUCAGCUCGAACACAAGGUAUCUCCAUGACCGAAUCUCUCGGGGCUCGUCUAUAUCCCCCAGCCUUCAUUAUCGUCCCGCUUCUCUCUAUAUCUCCCCAGACGCUCGUCAGUGCCAUCCCGCAGUAUUGUGCGACAUACAACGCACUGGUGUAUCAGUGGAUCCAAUUGGGCAAGAUCAUUGAGACCAGGAUGAAGAAAGAUCAGCGGACAAUCAUUGGAGAACCCAGAGAGGAAAUCAGAGUCGUAGCGUUGGGUGAUGUGGAGCUUGAGAUCGCCAGAAUGGUCGGUCUCAGGCGAGUCGCGUGUACCGCUGUGCGGUCCUCCCAUCCCGAUUUGAAGAUACUAUCGGAGCUGUUGCCCAAGUCCGCGCUUCAUCCCCCGAGACAUCAAAUCACACUCCCGCACCCGACAUCGAAUGUCCGAGUCCAUUGUGCACAGAGGGAUCGAGGACCAGCACAGAGGGGGCAAGGCCCUGGAUCAUCAGCCGCCGUCCCGGACGAGGCGCAUGAUAUGAGUCCAUUGAUACCGGAAGUCCACUACACCCCGCUCACCAUCAAAGGCAUCACGACAUCCGCUCCUGUCGAUGGUCAAGCGAGAAAAGCAAAGCGGCUGGAGGAAGUACGAGCGCGGAGGAAAGUUGUCAAGGAACGCAGAAGGGCAAUGAGGCUCAAGGAGAUGAAGCUCGGUGUGAAAGGUCUGAAAGUGGCGUCGAACUUGAAGAGCAAGCAGAACGGAAAGACGAGACGGAGUAAGCCUGCCGCGUCUGUUGCCUAGACCUCCGCGGACCAAGCAUGCGUCU